UACUAGGUAGGUACCUGCUAGGUACUUACCCUCAGUACUGGCUAUAGUAAGUAGAAACCACCACUCGGAACGCCAACCGAUGCCAGCCCCCGGAUCUACUCUCCGAACGGAACCUCCCCUCCCCAAACUACAAUCCCCCCGAUAAGAUCUACAAACAACCCCAGUUUACCCAACCUCUUUCAUCAACCACCUACCUCCAUACCUUUGUAACAUAGCUUGAACUACCUUACAUCACAGCAACUACAACUACAAAUCAAAUCAGAGAAGACCACUGCCAAAAUGGACGUCUCGCAGGUGCUCACCCAGCUCCCCAACACCAUCCAUUGCAUAGAUAUGCACACCACCGGCGAGCCCACCCGCAUCAUCUACGCCGGCUACCCCCAGCUGACGGGCACGCUGCUGGCCCAACGGGACCAAGCCCGCCAGCAACACGACCACAUUCGCCAGCAACUGAUGCUGGAGCCGCGGGGGAAUCCCGCCAUGUACGGGGCGAUCAUCUGCCCGGCGACGGAGCUGGUGGCGACGGGGGAGGCCGACGUGGGCGUGCUCUUCAUCCACAACGAGGGCUACUCGACCAUGUGUGGGCACGCGACGCUGGCGCUGGGCCGGUUCCUGGUCGACACGCACGACGCCAACGUCUUCCCGCGGCGCGCCCAGCUCCCCUUCGACGCCACGACCCAAACCAUCCAACUGAGGCUGCACGCCCCCUGCGGCGUCGUCAGCAUCACCGUCCCCACCAACGCAGAGGGCACGCGAUCCGACCCCACGCGGCCCGUCUCCUUCCUAUCCACGCCCGCCUACGCCACGGCUCUGCAACUGACCAUUCCCAUUCCCGCCGCCGCGCGGUGGCCCGAACUCCCCGCCCAGCGGGACUCCAUCACCCUGGACAUCAGCUAUGGCGGCGCCUUCUACGCCAUUGUCGACGCGGCCGAACUGGGCUUCACCCGCGGCCUGUCGACCGUCGACCUCGACGCCACCACCCGCUGCAUGCAGCAGCUGAAACCGUACCUCGAACGCCGGCCGGAGAUCGUCGCCGCCGUCACGCACCCGGACGACCCGCGGCUCUCGUUCCUCUACUCCGUCAUGAUCGUCGACGCGACCAUCGGGAGCCGACCGCGCGACGUCGCGGGCGCCGAGACCGGCCUCUGCUACUUCGCCGACAACCAGAUCGACCGGUCGCCGACGGGGUCGUGCGUGACGGCGCGCAUGGCCCUGGCCCACGCCAAGGGCCGCCGGGCCGUCGGCCAGCGCUGGGCGUACAACUCGCUCGUGUCGAAUCACUUCCAGACGGACGAAUUCCGCGCGGAGAUCGUCGAGGAGCUCGCGCCGUCAUCCGUUUCCGGGGGACGACCGUCCGUGGUUGUCCAAGUCGAGGGCCGAGCAUUCUACACCGGGGCCGCCUCGUUCAUGGUGGAAGCAGAGGACCAGACGUCCCGGACUGGAUUCACGAUGGAGAGAGUAGCUGCGGCGCCAUUACCAUGACUAUUACCAUGUUCUUCUCCAUCAGCUAUUGAAUAUCAACCCUCAUUGAAUCACAUCUUCCAUUAGCUAAAC